UAGUUACAUCACUAGAUCGGCGUCGCGUUUGUUGUUUUACUUUAUUUAGUUCGUUUGGUAGAAAACUAACUUUAAAUCUGAGUUUUUAAACGAAAUCCAAAUAAAAUACAAAAUAUAAACAACGCGUACAUUGACUAAGUGCCGCACGCCCAGGUGGCCAAUCGUUAUUUUGCUUGCAAAAUAUAUAAAGAAAGCUCUUUAGCCAUGGCAACCGACACUGUGCCCAACACCGAAAACUUUAAUCUCGCCAAUGGCGAGGAGGAUGUUAUAUGCCCCACUUGUGAUGCGAAAAUUAAACGCAGCCAAGUAGCCGAUCAUUGCCAAGUUGAAAUGGACCGAUUACACAGAAUGCAGCUGCGGUCGACACAGAUAGCGGCGGCGGCUGACAAUUCAGCUCCUGCGUCCACCACUAACACCACAACUACAACAUCACAAACACAAUCGGCUGCUGCCACUGCUGAGGGUGGUGGCCAACGAAGACCAUGGAGUGUAUUCCAGCGUGUACAACGCAACCGACAGGCACGACAGCGACAAAGAACCCGCAAGCGACCCACUCCUCCACCACCCCCACCAACUCAACCACCAGCAACAGCAGCAGAUGAUACUGCUGGGUCUAGCCAGGCGGCCGAAACCACCUGCAGCUGUCCCGUCUGCAACAAAAGUUUCCCCCAGACAGAUAUACAAGAGCAUGUGCAUCAGUGCCUGCGUGCCGGUGGGCGCAACGGAGAACGGCAUUCCAGUGAUGAUGAUGAUGACAGCGAUGAGUACGAGGAAUACGAGUGGGCUGGACAGAAACGUAUACGCGUAUCGACGCUCGUCCAGGGCGGUUAUGCAGCGUUGAAUCUUGGACAGACCAUCAAGUACAACGGUGCGCAGCAGACAAACAACGAUGAUGAGGACGACGUCAAUGUGGAUGAGGAUGAUACACAUAUAUAUGGACCGACGCAAUAUGGUGAAGCAGACGUCAUUCCACUAGCCAAUGAGGAUGCUGAAGAAGGCGGUGUCUCAGAAGCGGAUGUUACCAGUUAUGUACGUCGUCUAAUAUCAUCCAAUGAUACACCGAAAAGCAACAAUGCCCGCGAAACGACUGAUGAGGUGAAUGAUGAGGCCAGCCAGGCCCCAUCCACAUCUGGACAACAGAAAGAACCAGCGGCAUCUACAUCGCGUAGCAGCAACAGCACCAACAACAAUACAUCGUCGCAGAUCAUUGAGUCCUUAAAGGCGCGCCUGCGUAUGUACGAGAAGCAGGCUCAGAGCAAACUCAAAUGCUUGAUCUGCAUUGACGACUACAAGAAUCCUGCCAUCUCAGUGUCCUGCUGGCAUGUCCACUGUGAGCAGUGCUGGCUGCAGACGCUGGGUGCGCGCAAGCUUUGUCCGCAAUGCAAUUCCAUAACUACGCCAAAAGAUUUAAGACGCAUUUACCUAUGAAUGGAGUUAGUUCUAGCUGUAUGUAGAGGUUCGCCAACAGCAACUGUUAUGACUUAUAAUGUUUGCUAAAGUAGCUUAUUACAGACUUAUUAAACUUAGUUUUAGUUGAAACUCCCAAUUAUUUAUACAGAUUGUAAUUUAACGCAGCUAUGAUUAUCAUACGUGACAUAACAA